CAGGCGUCCAGAAGAUAGCGUUUGCAUCUUACCUAACACUAACUCUGCUCUCGGUUCGUCAACAAGAAUAUGACAUUGCAUGGUCAUGUGUUUUCAGUGCCACCAAGUUUUUCCAUAGUGCACUCGCUACCGCGCCUGACCUGUCCAGCGCCGUGCAAGAUAUCAUACGCGGAAUAUCCGAUCAACCGAUCGUCACUAAUAAUGAGGAUAAUUCGUACGAGAACUGGGGCGGCGAGGAUGCCGAUAGAGACGAUAUGCUCGGUGAAGAAGAAAUCUUUUCUGCAUACGAUCAGACAUUGGCAGCCAGCAUAUUGCAAGUUGCCACUAUCAAUCAUUUGGUGCACUUGUUGGAAAAGUUUUUACAUACUUGUAGUUCAUCAAUUGGAGAUGAGAUUGAGCCGUUCAUUACUACUGCUUAUCUUGAAUCUAUGAUCGAAUAUUCAACUAAUAUGGAAAGAGAAGUGAUGAGAGCAUUACCCGAGCCUACAUAUGACAUGAUUCCUAAAAUAAUCCGUGAUCCUAACCAGCAACAAUUCUGGAAUUCAUUGAGGCGUAUAAACCAUAUUAAAGUACUAUUACCUAAUUUCGUCAGGCCUAGCACUUAUGAAUCGUCAUCGAAAGCGACCUCUGUAAUUGAACAGGCUGAUGCCGAGGCUUGA